AUGAAACUGCUUGAUAAAAUGACAGCUGAUCAACCAUUUAUAUCAGAUAUCCCUUUACCGAGUGAAGAUGAUCCCGAUUUAUUUGAUGCAAACUGUGAUCCAGAGAAUCCGAGAAUUCUUACAUUUGAUGAAGUUGAAUCUGCUAGACAGCGUAUAAAGGAUGGUAUAAUAUAUACAAAUUGUAAGAAAUCUCGUCUGUCUUCUGAAUAUGGCAUGGAUAUCUACUUUAAAGAAGAGUUUUUACAAGUUACUGGAAGUUUCAAAGAAAGAGGCGCUCGUAAUGUUCUACUUCAAUUAACACCUGAUGAGGCUAAACGUGGUGUCAUUGCUUGCAGUGCUGGAAAUCAUGCCCUUGGUUUGGCUUACCAUGGAAAGUUGUUGAAUAUACCAGUUACUGUGAUUAUGCCUGAAAAUGCCAGUGUUAUGAAACGUGAACGAUGCGCAAGUUUUGGUGGUCGUGUACUUCUAAAAGGCAAGAAUAUGUUUGAAAGCAAACGUUAUGCAAUGAAGAUGGCCAAGUUGAACAAUUUACCUCUGAUCAAUGGUUAUGAUCAUCCACAUAUUUUGGCGGGUCAAGGAAGUGUUGGCAUUGAAAUCCUAGAACAGGUCCCUGAUGUUGAUGCUAUCAUAGUGCCAGUUGGUGGUGGUGGUCUGAUUGCGGGGAUAUCUGUUGCAGCAAAAGCUAUUCGACCGAACUGUAUGAUAAUUGCUGUGGAAUCAGAAAAUUGUCCAGGUUUCAAUCAAGCAAUGCUUGCAGGAAAACCAGUUUAUACAGAAAAUUUUCCAUCCUGUGCAGAUGGCUUAGCAAUUUCUAUGGUUGGUGUGAAUGCAUUCGAGACAUGUCGUAAUCUUGUAGACAAAGUGAUCACCUUGAACGAGUCAUACAUCCAUCGAGCAGUUGUACGCCUCUUAGAAGUAGAAAAGUGUGUUGUCGAGUGUUCUGGAGCUACAUCAUUGGCUGUAAUCAUGGGUGAUAUGCUACCGCAGUUAGUUGGAAAAAAAGUUGUCUGCCUUCUAAGCGGUGGUAAUAUUGAUACUUCAAUGCUGGGUCGUGUCAUUGAAAGGGGACUGGCACUUGAAGGUCGUCUGUGUCGUUUCAUAGUUGUUAUACCUGAUCAACCUGGAUGUAUUGCAGACUUGUGUGUCUUGUUGAAGCAAAUUGGAGUUAGCAUUAAAGACAUCAGUCAAGAUCGUACAUGGUUGAAGUCGAGUGUGUUUGAGGUCCAAGUGAAGUGUAUCUGUGAAACUCGUGAUAGCGUACAAGCCAGUGAUCUGGAAGAAGCAUUGAAAGCCAAGUAUAAACAUGUUGUCUGGGGAGAUGAUUCUAUUUGGUGA